AGCUGUGUCAAAACGGCCGGAUUUGUUUACACGCGAAUCAAAUAUUUGUUUGCAAUUUUCUGUGAAAAGAAAUAGGAAAAAAUUGUUUGAAUUAAGUUUUUAAAUUGUAUUUGAAUGUUAAAAAUUAUACAAAUUAACUUAUUUACAAAACUAUUUGCCACCCCAAUACGAGCAAGCCGAUUUUUUUCGAAAGAAAUGAGCAAAACUCRGGACAACCGGCUGGAAACAUUUCGCCGCAUCUGUGAUGAAAUUGGUGAAGAGCGUAGUUACAACAGCAAAGCACAAUUGUUGAAAGAGUUUUUAAAUAAAGGUUCAGAUCGGAAAAGUUUUAAAGGCGACACGCUAUUAUGGAUACAAAUGCUAAUACCUGGUGCGAGUCAUCGGGUCUACAAUUUACAAAACAAACAAAUGCUGAAGUUGUUUUCGCGUAUAUUUGCUUGCGAGCCGCAGGAGAUGCAACGUGCGCUGGAGCAAGAUGGUGAUGUUUCCGAAACGUUGCGCAAGUAUUUUGAGUUAUCAAAAAAACUGAAACCGCAAACAGAAAGCACACUUUAUCUUCAAGACGUUGACGAGUUUCUUAUAAAACUGGAACAGCGUACUAAAGAGGAKGAACAGACCGAUCUGCUGCAGCAAUUAUGCAAGCAAGCAACUGCUUUGGAUUUAAGAAUGAUUGUACGCCUCAUCAAGCAGGAUUUGCGUAUAAACGCCGGCGCGCGCCACAUUCUCGAUGCAUUUGGGCCACUCGCUUACCCUGCCUAUCAAUCGUCUCGAGAUUUGACUGCAGUCGUCAAACAAUUCGCCGGUACGGGGAAGCAAAAAGUAGUGUCUCCUAUUAAAGCAACAAAAAUAACUUGUAAAAUUGGGUGCGUACAAGUAAUGACACCYAUCUCUCCUAUGCUAGCUAAUGCCUGCAAAUCCGUUGAAGAAGCUUUUAAAAAAUGUCCAAACGGCUUAUAUACUGAAAUAAAAUACGAUGGAGAGCGCGUGCAAAUACACAAACGUGGGAGCGAGUUCAAGUUCUUCAGCCGAAAUUUAAAGCCAGUGAUGGACCAUAAAAUCAAAAGAUUUCAUGAACUCAUACCAAAGGCUUUUCCAGGAGGCGGCGACAUGAUUUUGGAUUCAGAAAUCAUUUUAGUCGAUACCAUAACUGGUAGUUUACUGCCAUUCGGUACUCUAGGAGCGCAUAAAAAGAAAGAAUUUUCCCAUGCAGAGGUGUGCAUUUUCACCUUUGACUGUCUGCUCUAUAAAGGAGAGGACUUGACAAACGUACCUUUCCACAAACGCAGAAAAAUAUUAGAGGAAAAUAUAAAUCCCAUAAAAUCUUGUGUUGAGCUAUCAGAAAGUCAGUUUCUAAAAACUAAGAACGAGUUAUCGCUGAUGACCGCCAAGGUCCUAAAAGCAAAUCUCGAAGGUGUGGUGUUGAAGAAUCCGAAUGGCACCUACCAACCCGGCAAACGUGGUUGGCUGAAAGUAAAGAAGGACUACCUUUUCGGCGGCAAAAUGGCCGACACCGCGGACUUGGUUGUGCUGGGCGCUUGGUUUGGUUCCGGCAAAAAAGGCGGUAUUUUAAGUAUAUUCCUAAUGGGCUGCUAUGACAGUAGAGAUAUGCUCUGGAAGACUGUUACCAAAGUCCACUCCGGCCUAGAUGAUGCCGAAAACGAGAGAGUGCAUGAGGAGCUUAUGAAUUUAAUGGAGCGUGCUGAUCCAAACCAAAUGCCCAACUGGCUGUUAUGCAAAAAGGCGCUAGUGCCAGAUUAUUUAGCAAAGGUACCGAAUAAAAUGCCCGUUUGGGAGAUAACGGGUGCAGAGUUCACCAAAUCGGAGGCRCACACUGCGGCAGGGAUCUCCAUACGAUUUCCACGCAUAACGAGGCUGCGCGUAGACAAAUCUGCCGACCAUGCCAACGAUUUGGAAUAUCUGCAGAAACUUUUUGAGGCUUCAAAGAAUGAUGUGAACGUUGAUUUGUUGCUUUCAAAUUGUGAGGAUAGGAAUGGGGUGGUAAAUGUGAAAAUUGAAGAAAUUGAUUCCAAAAUUAAUCUCACGCCAAAGAAAAAGUCCAAAAGUGCCAAUGAGGACGAUGACCUACCAGGAAGUAGCGUUAAGUUGAAGAGAAGAGCUGACGAGGUGGCCAAAGAAUUGAGUGAUAAUAAGAAACGAAAAACACAGAGCCCAAAUGUGAAGCCGGAAAAUGUUGCAACCAAGGUGAAGAUUGAAGAAAAGCUAGGUAAACAAACGAAAUUGGAUUUAAGUUCGCUCGGCAAGAAAGAAGAUAAAUUUAGGGAUUUCGUUAAGAAUAUCGACAUAAAGACAGAAUCUCAAACRCAACAUUGCGGUGGUGUUGUGAAAAAGAAAAGUGAUAUAUUUAAGAAUUUAGUGGCACACUUUGGCAGCGAAGCAGACGAUGAGCAGUUGAAGUGUGCUUUUGUGUCGWACGGUGGUUUAGUGACCAAAAACUCAAACGAUGCAAAUAUUGUGCUUCACGCAGCGACACUACUCUCCAGUGAUGACUUCAGCGCACUUAGGUAUCAAUACAAACCKACGGCGCGGCACUUAAGCAUCGAUUGGCUGCGUGAUUCACUGAAGGAGGGCAAGUGUAUGGCGUAUCCCAUAUACGCUGUUGUGCUCCAACAGCAACAAAAACUACUUUAAGCAAAAAGUUGGAUGAAAUUUAUACACUUGUUAUUGUUGAAUUUAAYAAUUUUGCAAUUUCACAAAUAAUUAUCCAUGUUGCACCGCUAGAAGCGAUUGAGCCUUAUCACACCGGUGGCUGAUAGGCGGCCUUUSUUUAUAUUUUUGGUAGUAAAAUAGAAGUGUCCACAUAUAUUUAUUAAGUAUUUAUCGCUUUGUCGAAUAAAGCUUCUGAAAAAGCUCUGA